AUGCAAGCUCAAGAAAGUUCACCCUCGACAUCCCCAGACCCAGGGAACCCCACAUCCUCUAGCCCUUCCCGCCCUUCCUUCGAUGGCGAAACCGACCAGCCAUCACAAUCUACGGACGGCGGCGACAUGGAAGCCGCGGUUAGCUUUGGUUCGAUGGACGCCAGCCUUAGUGGUGAUAACGAGGCCGAUACUUCCUGGAAUUCGUGGCAAUCCAAGGAUUCGGACGAGACAGAUGUCUCUCAUAACUCGGCCAAAACUAAAGACUCGGACCACUCAGCGGUCUCAUCGGUAAACACGUUCGCUAGCGCCAGCGAGUCCAUGGGCUCUCAAGAUGUCGAGGUUAUUACCUCCCCUACCGUGUCCCAAGGGGCAGGCUCGCGUGAUCAAACAUCCAAUAAUCGUCGACGAAGUGACUCGACGUCUUCCACCUCAGCACAACCGCCAAACCGGUAUGCUUACCCUGACUCCUACUCUGAAACCAACCCCUACGUCUAUCCAACCAGUUCUGCCCCAUCUACGGAUCGUCCCAGCCAUUCAACCUCAUCAGUAAUGAAACCAUCAAUCCCGUCAUUUUCUACGUCGCAUCCUCCCACAAAUAUCAAGGACGAGUUCUCCUCCAAUGCUGCCUCCAAGCCCAUCCACCACACCUCUUCCAACGUUGCCGACAACACUACUGUCCCCAAGCCAGGGAUAGCCCUACGCAAGCGUUUUAAUGCAUCCAUCCCAAUAAUCAAUCCUGCUGAUCGGAGCGUUGUGCGCACGCCAUCGAUGAAAACUCACGAAUUGCCUCCCAUCGAGGCAGGCUCCGCCGGUCCUGAUGGCACUCUUCUUGCAGUGGAAGAAGAAACGCAAACAUCUGGGAAUAGGACUGUCGUUCCGUCGCCUCUUCCGACCCCAACGGACGCCGGAACCACCGAGCGUAGGCUUGAAGACAACCGUCUGACAUCUGCUACCAGUGACAGUGGGGAGGCUAAUCAAGCAGCUUAUUCUUCCAAACCUCCAAUCAAUUUGAGCGACCUUCUGGCGGAAGCCCAAGCGAGACGCGUGGCUGCUGCCGCUGCUGAACGAGAUAACGCUGCAUCUGUUAUGUCCGCGUCCUCCGCUGAGUCUGGCAAGCCCUCUUCCACUAGUACAUCAACCUUCAAGUCGCCUAACGUAUACAUCAAUGGUUUGCCACCCUACUUUCCUGAGGACGAGCUCCUUGCUCUAGCUACACCGUUUGGUGUGGUUCGAAGCGUCAGGAGCUUCACUAGGCAUGUCGAUAUCGGAAACUCGUUGGGCGGCAGUGGCUACGGUGGCAACGCUGAUGCAGGAAUCAUGAUUGGUGGGAAGAAGGCAAGUGGGUAUGGGUUCGUCUUAUUCGAAAACGUCGAUGCCGCGGAGCGUUGUAUUGAAGGAUUGAAGAAGUUUAGGAACCUUCAUCCGUCCUUCUCCAAGCAAAUCCACAAAAUUCCCGGCACACCUUACACUGCCAUGCACUCCGAUUCAUCGCGCCAAUCUGCGUCAGGUUCUCAGUACGACGACGACGGUGACUUGGAAGACGAAGGUCCUGACUCAUUCAAGGCUAGGAUGGAGAGAUUAGAGGACAAAUCAUCGACCAAUCUCUACAUCGAAGGCUUACCACUCAGUAUCGACGGACAAUUACUUGCCGCCCUGGUUUCUCCUCACCAAAUCAAGAGCAGUCGCUUCUUUCAAACGAAGCUAAGCCAUCCUCCCAGGAUCAUAGCGUUUGUCCGUCUUGAGACUCGUGUUGGCGCUGAAGAGGUCGUCGAGAGGUUACAUGGACGCAUGGUACGCGGGUGGAACGACGCUGGUAGUCGGAUUUCUGUGCGCUUUGCAGACACCAGCGAACAGCGAGAGCUGAGGCGAACGGAGCGACAGAUGCGCCAGGGCCAGCCUGUGGACUCUUCGGCUAGUAAGCUCACCAUAGCGCAAGCAGCCCUACUCAAUUUACGUGGUCGGGAUCUUCAACCAGCUUUGUCUCCGUCUCUAAGUAGCUUGUCUGGUUCGUCAAUGGCCAGCUUAGCAGGGAGACGAGCAACGGCAACAUUCAGUGCAGCUCAAAGACCUACCGACUUUACCUCUAAUGCCCAUCUGGGGUUUCGCCAGGACUAUCCCACUGCGAUUCAUCAGUUCAAUGCAUCGAUGACAUCGCCCACGUUCAGUACGAAUGGAGGACCAUACACAUCCGCCCAACUAUUGGACUCUCUACGGGGAGGAUAUGACGCUGAGGAUAUGAGUCACGAUCAAAGGCACCAACGCUACUCCCGUAGUCACUUUGGCGAUGCUGAAACACAUACCAACGCUAUAACAGCUGACGACGCACUGUCCGGAAGAUACCCGGUAAUCGGAUCGGGGCAACGAGUGGAUGCCUCGGCGAGCACAGAGAUAAGCCCCUUUCUAGGUGCUGGUGUAACCGGGAUUGGUAUGGGUUUACGGGGAAUGGGGAUUGGAUUUCCGAACCGGCAGCAACGUCUUCAAACUUUUCCCGCUAAUGGGUACACCCCCACCGAAGAAAUCAUCCUACAAGCUCACAGAUCGCGCGCUUCUCAACCUCGCUCGACUAAUUUCGCUCGGGCCGCACGCUACGGGAAAGGAAACGGGACAGUACGAGAUACGGGAGCAGACGCCGGCAACUGGGUUAAAGGUCGUUCAACUCUACCUUCCAAAUCUGGUCAUCGACCCGCGCCUUCAACUUACGAUCACCAAGAAGACGACUUUCACAGCAAUUUUCGGCACAAUGGUCGCUCACUAAACGACGACGUCCUCCCUGCCUCUUCCAACGACGUCCUCCCUGCCUCUUCCAACAAUCACCUCCCCGAUAAUUUUCAGCAACAGUCAGCACACGGUCAACAAACUCACAUGCGGUCUACGACCGUCCCUCACCCCAACCGGUCAAUCACCGCUAUCAGACACCAGCAACAUUCCAGCAUCAGUAAUCCCCAUUCUACCAUCAGUGCCACACAGCAUAAUGUCGCAUUGCAAGCGACUACGAAUAGUAAUAAGUUUCUGAACAUGGACGCGACCAACGGACAUGAAACGAACACGAAUAAUUCUAUCCAGGUUAGCAAGCAGGGCAAUUUACAUCACCAACAUCAACGCACACCUUCGGACGCAUACAAGAACGACGAUCGCAGUAAUAGCGCCUUCAGGAGAGGCUCCAGAGUGAUGAGAGCCGAUAUCCGCGAACAAGACUCGCCAAACAUCUCGCCCACUCUUACCUGUGGUUCACAGACUCCCUCCACCCUCAGUCCGGCCACUCCUUACUUCGGUUCUUUUUCUGCGCAACUCGAUAGCCUGCAGAACCAUAAGCCUGCCAUGCACGGGGGACACGUCGAGAUGAAGAACUUGAACGAGCGUAGGGAUGGAGGCUUACAUUCUGGUAGGUGA